GGACUCGAUGUUAACACAGGAGAAAGUUAUCAACCAAAUGGAGUCUGGGAUAACGUCCUCGUCAAACACAACAGUCUCUCUUCUGCUUGCGUUAUUGCUUGUAACUUGCUUUUGGUUGAUGAAGUUAUGAGAGCCGGAAUGACCAACUUGAAAUCCGGAAACAAUCC